UGAGAUGAGCAAUGACAGCGCUGUGAAAGAAUUCAUCCUCCUCGGAUUUCCAGCUCUUCUCUCCGUACAGAUCUCAUUAUUUUACACUUGCUUUGUGUUUUAUCUAUGCACCGUUACAGGAAAUGUUCUCAUCAUCCUUGUAACCUCAGCCAGCACCGAGCUCCACACCCCAAUGUACUUCUUCCUCAGCAAUCUGUCUUUCCUUGAGAUAUUUUACACAUCCGUAACCAUCCCGAACAUGCUCCUUAAUUUCUUAAUGAAGAACAAUUCCAUUUCUUUCUCUGGGUGUUUGGCCCAGAUGUACUUUUUCAUUGCUCUGGGCAGUAUAGAAUGCACAUUGCUUGCCGCCAUGGCUUUUGACCGAUACAUCGCCAUCUGCAAUCCAUUGCAUUAUGUUACCAUGAUGAACACUUCUACAUGCAUAAUGUUAGUCUGCAUCUCCUGGAUCAGUGGAUUCAUCCACUCCAUGGUCCACACUAUAUCUACCGUUCAUCUCAACUUCUGUUCCUCCAAUAGUGUUAACCAGUUCUUCUGUGACAUCCCCCCUUUACUAAAGUUGGCUUGUGGCAGUACAUGGUUUAAUGAGAUUAUUCUCUUCAUUGUCGGAGGGGUUUAUGGACUCGGGUCUUGCGUACUAACCUUAAUCUCUUACAUUCACAUUAUUCACACCAUAUUGAAAAUCAAAUCUAAAGAAGGACAAAGAAAGGCCUUCUCCACUUGUGCAUCCCAUCUCAUUGUUGUAACAUUAUUCUAUUUAACUUCUUUCUCAGUUUAUUUGAAACCUACUUCUAAGAACUUUUCUGAAGAGGAGAAAUUGGUUCCUGUGGUUUAUACUGUAAUCACACCGACACUAAACCCCAUUAUAUAUACCUUGAGGAACAAGGAAUUCAAAAGUGCAUUCUGGAAAAUGAUGGGUCUCGGAUAAUUAUACCUUUAACUGAUUUUUUUUUACACUAAUACAUAGAUUGUAUUAAUACACAUAGAUGGAUUUCAAAGAGUAAAUUGUUACUGUUGCUUUAAAUAAGUAAUAAUAAUAAUAAUAAUAAUAAUAAUAAUAAUAAUAUUAUUGUAUAUAUUUUUUAUAUAUAGUGCUUUUCUCCAGUAGGACUCAACAGUAUGAACAUAAUACAGGGGGUUAGAUUUGCAUAAAAUAUAGAAACCAUCUCUAAUCAUCUUCCCAUUUUGUUUCCUACACUAAUUUGUUUACUUAUAUUUCUGAAUCUCCGGUUUUUAUUUUUGUA